AUGUCGAGCCUCUGGAAAAGCAUCGACCCGGUCGACUCGAUCAUCUUCCCGGGCGCGCGGAUGAAGAGCACGUACGACGAAGACGGCACACCGUUCGCGGGCGAGCUCGUCAUCGGGGACGUCGUGUACAAGACGCUCCUGCUCUCGCUCCCGUGCCUCGUCCCCGGCGGGUUGUGCUCGCCCCCGGUCCACGCGACCGCGCCGUGCCUCGUCGUCCUACGACUCGACGCGACGCGUCCGGAGGGGCCGUGCAAAGGCCGCGGCGUCAUCGUGUACGCGCACGGGAACGCCGUGGAUAUCGGCGCGGUCGCGGAGGAAGCGAAGGCGAUGUCGCAUCACUUACACUGCCACGUCAUCGUCCCGGAGUAUCCCGGAUACGGCGUCGCGAAGGGGAAGCCGUGCGAGGACACCGUGGACGUGGCGGUGUACGCCGCCGUGCGAUUGGCGACCGAAGUGAUCGGCGCGCCGAUCGAGAGGGUCGUGAUGUACGGCCGGAGCAUAGGCACCGGGCCGAUCGCGGCCGCGAGCGCGCGGUUGGACAUGAUGGCGCGCUCGAGACCGGCGGCGAUGAUUCUUCAGAGCCCGUUCACGUCGAUUAACGAUUUUGCGCGCGAACGCGCGGGACGGCUGCUGGCGUGGCUCUUCGUGAGCGAACGGUGGAAGACGCGGGUGAAUCUCACGCGCGUCCAAACGCCGACGCUGCUCAUCCACGGGGACGAGGAUAAAGUCAUCUCGAUCGAGCACUCUCGGCAGUUGAGAAGGAUAACGUCCUUCGCCGCGAAACCGUGCGAGCUGCACGUUCAGAAGGGGCGCGGGCACAACGACUUCGACUUCGUGCUGGACGUGUUGAAACCCGCGGGGGAGUUUUUAAGGCGCGUUCGAUCUCACACUGGUCCCCAUACGACCGCGUUCGCGUGGUGA